CAUGGCAAUAGACUCUACGUCAUCUUGGCUAACUUUUGGAAGUUUUGAUGAUAAAUGUAGAAUAUGGAAUAUAGAUGAUCGAAUUUUCCUCGACGAUAUAAAUAUUGAAUGCGAUAGUGUUACCGCAAUCAAUUUCUACCUGAAAGAAGGUCAACGAUAUUUGCUUACUGGUUCUGAAUUAGGAGUGAUAAUAAGUUGGAAUCUAAAAGAAGGUGGUAGCAAGCAAUUUCUUGGUCAUAAACUUUCUGUCACUUCCUUUAUUAUAACAAGUGAUGAUAAAAGAAUGAUAAGCACAGCUAAAGAUAAUCUAAUUAUAAUAUGGGAGUUGAACUUGGCCGAAAUCUUAUUUAAAAUUGAUAUAUCAGAACCAGUUAUAUCGUUAAUUAUUAUGCCAAUUAAAUUUCGUAUUAAGAAGUUACUUUCUAUCGAUGGUACAGAAUGUUUUUUAACAAUCAGUGAACAAGGAAAAUUUCAUUUUUAUUUGACAAAAUCAGGAAAAAGAAUCAGUGAAUUGCCAGAACCAAUUGAUAUUCCGCUCUUUGGAAGAAUUGAAGACAAAUCAAAGAGAUUUAUUUCAUCUGCAUUUUUCGUGUCGAAGAAACAAAAUAUAUGUCUCGGUACAAAUGAAGGGGCAUUACUUUUUUAUGAUUUUGAUGAUUUGAGCAGAAUAAAACAAUAUUACGGGGGACAUAAUGAUAUCGUCACAGCAAAAUUUUAUGGCAAUGACCAAAUUGUCACAAACUCAAAUAAUAAUUUAUUAAAUAUUCUGAAUAUAAGGACAGCUGAAAUAAUAACCCUUACCGGUCAUAGAGAUAAUAUUUGUGCUAUUGACAUUCAUAAAUCUCUCUCGUUACUCGUCAGCGUCAGUAAGGACAGUAAAAUUAUCCUAUGGAAUUGCGAUCGCAGUGAAUUUCGUUCUAUUGCGAGGCUAAAUCAUAAGAAAUCAAUAACUGCUGUUGCUUUCCCAAAACAAUCAAAAUCAUGUGUGAUUGUUGCAACUUCUUGCGGAGAACUUCAGAAAUGGACAAUAAAGCCUAAAACACGUUCAUUGGCUAAAUUAAAAUUCUUGAAUUCUAUUCAAGCACAUAAAUUACAAAUUAACUAUAUUGAAGUUGAUCCGGAGGAUUCGGUACUUCUAUCCGUUUCCAAUGAUAAGCUAGCAAAGGUUUGGGAUUAUGGGGAUCUUGGUUCUGUUGCAAUUUGCUCAAAACAUACUGAUAUCGUCUCUUGUGGGAAAUUCUCACCUUUUGAUAAGGUUUUUGUAACAUCCUCUUUUGACAAAACUCUAAAACUUUGGUCUUCACAAUCUUAUCAAUACCUUCAGACUUUUAAAGGACAUAAUAGCCCUAUAUUAGAUUUUGACUUUCUUAAUUACGACCAACUCUCAAGCGGGUCAAUAGAUGGACAAAUAAAGUUUUGGAAUAUAGUUAAUGGGGAAUGUUUGCAGUCAAUAUUACAUCACGAAGACAAGAUUCAAGCGAUAGCAGUUAAUAUCCAAAACGAUGAAGUGUUUACAGCAUCGGAAGAUGCGAAAAGUUUAUGGAAGGUUAUUAGUCGAGAAGAGGAGCAAAUAGAGAAUACAGAAGAAGAGGAAAGUAUGGAUGAGUCGGUGGAGCAAUCAGAGAAUACAGAAGAAGAGGAAAGUAUGGAUGAGUCGGUGGAGCAAUCAGAGAAUACAGAAGAGGAAAGUAAUGAUGAGUCGGUGGAGCAAACAGAUUAUACAGAAGAGGAUAGUAUUGAUGAGCUGAUUGAGUGCGAAAAAAUUGCUAUACCUAAUAUCAAUGAUUUAUUGAAAAAUAUAUCAAAUAACUUUUCCGAAUUAGCAAAAGAGUCUAUAAUUAAUCUUGAGGAUCACGAUUUAGAAGAGUUGCUGUUAAUUUUAACAAAUGCAAAAAGUGAAGUCUGUACGGAUAAUACAAAGAAUGUACUAAAAUACAUACUCGAAAAUAUUGACGAAACACGUAUUCUGUCUCUGAAGAGAUUUACCUCUACUCUCCUACAUGAACUGUCAGAUGAUACUUGCGAACGCAAUCCUAAUGAUCAAAAACAAAACAAUUUGUUACUUGAGCAUUUGCAUUGGAUAAUAGAUUCUUAUAAUCUCAUCUUUAGAAACCAAGGUUUGUCAGCGCCUAGUGACAAUAAAACUUCAGAAGAUGAAUAUGAUAGUGUCACUAGGCUUAAAUCAUCAAGUUCAGAUGAUGAAAUAACAGUUGUUGCGAAUCCCAAGUUGAAAGAUGAUUCCGACAAUGACUAUUUAUCAGAUACGAAAAGUAAUCAAAGCUUUUCAAAGAAUUUUAAAAGCUCAUUAGACAAAAAGCAGGAAGAUGAAAGUGUUUCAUUGAAUUAUCCUAUGUUGGAUUGUUCCACUGAAGAUUCAGAAACAAAUAAGGCGAUUAGUUCAAAGUCCGAAUCUACAGAUGACGAAGAGAAAGAUACAAACAACUCUUUAAAAAGAAUGUCGCUGCUUAGCGAAACAAUUGCAGGAGAUUCUGAAAAGUCAAAAUUGUUCCUAACAAAAACGCCUUCCCCGAAAAGAGGAGCAUUCAGAACAAGCUCUCAUAGAAAAUUAAGCUCAUCGACGAAAAGACGAAAAAUAUAUUAUGAAAGUACAACAGACGAAGAGGAUUUAUCACCUGUUUCCACUCCAUUUUCGAAGCAGAAGAAACGCGAAAUGGAUGUAGAAUGGGAUCCUAGCCAAGGUUCAGUUUUAGAUGAAAAGAAAAUAUGGGGGAAAAAACGACGUUCAACUCAGCUUAAUUCAAGAGAUGGCUCUAAUUCAUCAGCAACUCCAUCUCAAACAAGCUCACAAACAAAGUCGAGAAGUUCUGAGCUUAGAAGAAGUAGAAAAAUUAAAGAAAAAGAAGACACAGAGAAAAACCUAUCUUCAACUGACAUUUCACCCAAUAAGGAGUAUCAUUGUUCGAAUUCCUCCCAAAAAAAAUUAAAAGCCAAUCCUGACCGUGAAAAGGACUUGAAAAUAGCUACUAAAUGGCUAUCUAUGUCCAAUAGACAUUAUGGACGACGGUCUAUAGGUCCAAACUUUGGAAGAUCACGUUCUAAGUCAAAUGAAAAACUUGAAGGCAGUCUCUUCAGCGACGACGAUAAUGUGUCACUUCAACAGUCCACAAAAAAAUCCACAAAUACUUCUGAACCUAGUAUUGACUCUGAUGAUAGCUUUAUCGAUUCCUCACAACCUCAGACAUUAAGUUCAAACUAUCAUAACCCGAAUGGAAAAUUGGCUUGUCAACUUGAAGAUGAGAAAAUAGGAAACGAUAAAAUAAUGCUAGAAAAAGCUACGUCAAAUCUGAUUUGCAUGUCAAAUCCACCAGAACAGUUGGUACAAAAUGAAAAAAUAUCGAAUUGUUACGAUUAUUUAAGUGACGAAGAAAGUGACUAUGAAUUAGUAUAA